AUGGCAGAAACAUACUAUGAAUCCGAAUUGAAGAAAGAUAACAAAAUAGAAUAUGUGGAUAAUAUAUUUUUAUCAAAAAAUAUAUUAAAUAAUAGAGAAAAUGCUUUAAAUUAUUUUUAUACUUCUCCUUUUUAUACAUCAAAAAGUCAUAUAUCAUUAAAUGAAAAAAUUCGAGUAGGGAAAAUAAUUGGUGAAGAAGAUGAGGGGUAUUUAUUUGAUAUAAGCUAUGAUAAUUUAGAUGUUUUAAAAAAGGAUGAGCCAGCUGAUAGCGCUAGUAUGCAUAUAUAUUAUAAUACAAAUUCUAUUUAUCAUAUAAGACUAACACAUAUAUAUAAAUUAAAAAACAUUCUUUUCAAAAAAGUAACUCAAAUGUUUUGUGUUUUUAAUGGGAAGAUAUAUAGUUCACGUUCUUUUGGGGAAUUACUAAUAAAUAAAAUAAAUAACAUUGUACGAAAUAUCGAAAACUUUUAUGACCGAGUAAAUAAUAUGAUGAAUUUUAAUAUAACAUCAAAUUAUUAUUUUGAAAAUAAAGCACACCUUAAGAAGUUAGACGAUUCACACAAAAAUUUUAGCCUCGACGAUUUUAAUAUUUCGAUUACCAAAAAAAAAAAAAAAUAA